GAAACCAGAUGCUCCGCAGAUAAAAGAAGAGCAGCAAGAACCAGAACAUCCCUGGACAAAAGAGGAAACUAUUGAGCUCCCCAUAAGUGAGCAGGAAGAGCAGCUUGUUCUGAAGCAGACUGAAGAUAUUGGAGAGGAACCUUUCCCAUGUUUGACAUGCAGAGAAAUAAACACAGAAAAUUGUAUGGCUCACACUCACAUGGGUCAGAAGAGUUAUGAAUGUCUGUCCUGUGGAAAAAACUUCACUCAGAAAUGCAAUCUUAAUAGUCACAUAAGAACUCACACAGGGGAGAAGCCUUUUGAAUGUCUGUUCUGUGGAAAAAACUUCACUAUAAAAUGUAAUCUUAAUAGUCACAUAAGAACUCACACAGGGGAGAAACCUUUUCAAUGUCUGUUCUGUGGAAAAAACUUCACUCAGAAAUCUACUCUUGAUACACACGUUAGAAUUCACACAGGUGAGAAACCUUUUUCCUGUACCAUUUGUAACAAGAAUUUUACAAAAAAAAAUCAUUUAACUACACACAUGAGAAUUCACACAGGUGAAAAACCAUUUGUAUGUCUCUCCUGUGGAAAACAAUUCACCUCUAAGUCUGAUCUUAAUAAACACAAGAUCAUUCACACUGGAGAGAAGCCUUUUGAAUGUCUGUCCUGUGGGAAAAGCUUCACUCAGAAAUCUAGUCUUUAUACACAUGUCAGAAUUCAUGCAGGUGAGAAACCUUUUUCUUGUACCAUUUGUUUUAAGAAUUUUACUAAAAAAAGUAAUUUGACCGCUCACACAAGAAUUCACACAGGGGAGAGACCAUUUGAAUGUCUCUCCUGUGGAAAACGCUUUACCUCUAAGUCUGAACUUAAUAAACACAUGAGAAUUCACGCAGGUGAGAAGUCUGUUUCCUGUAACAUUUGUAAGAAGAAGUUUACUGAAAAAAGUAGUUUGACUAAACAUAUGACACUCCACACUGGUGAGAUGUUCUCCUGAAUGAUUUGAGACAACGCUUUUAAAUGAGAAGGUAAUUUGAGUAUUCAGAUGACAUUUAUUCAUGCUUGAUGUGGAA